CGGCAGCCAAUCGGCUUAGAGGCACGUAGUCGCCCGACCAAUCAGAAGUUCACAAUCCCGGGACUUUUGCGAUCCCUUUCGCUCGUCCGCAUACUGUACAGCUCAACAUUUCUUGUGGAAAUCUUGAGAUAGGACAACAACGAGAGUGUAUAGGGAGAGCCUACAGUUGCCGCUUUUGACGGGUUGGGCCCCCCUACCCAGCGCACCCCACCAUGCCUUUGGUGACGAGGAAUAUAGAGCCGCGGCAUGUGUGCCGCCAGACCAUCCCUAUCAACAUCCGCAGCGAACUGGAAUGUGUCACCAAUAUCAGCCUGGCCAACAUCAUCCGCCAGCUCGGCAGCCUCAGUAAGUAUGCAGAGGAUGUGUUCGGGGAGCUGUUUGUCCAGGCUGGAGCAUUUGCCAUCAGGGUAAAUACACUGGGAGAAAGGGUGGAUCGUCUGCAGGUCAAAGUCACCCAGCUGGACCCCAAAGAGGAGGAGGUCUCUCUCCAGGCCAUCACUACCCGUAAGGCCUUCCGUAGCAGUGUGACCCAGGAUCAGCAGCUCUUCACCAGACCGUCUCUGCCAAUGCCUGUACAAGACACCUACACGACCUGUGAUCCACCUCCGCCUCUCAACCACCUUAGCCAAUACCGGGAGGAUGGGAAGGAGGCCCUGAAGUUUUACACUGAUCCCUCCUACUUCUUUGACCUGUGGAAGGAGAAGAUGCUGCAGGACACCAAGGACAUCAUGAAGGAGAAACGCAAACACAGAAAGGAGAAGAAAGACCAUCUGAACCAACGGACACUCAAUCCUCGAAAGAUCAAGACCAGGAAGGAGGAAUGGGAACGCCGCAAGAUGGGAGAGGAGUUUGUGGUGCCAAAGAAUGAACUCAUGAAUUCUUCUGAGGGACUAAAUGGCAGUAUUGGAUCUGGAGAUGGCUUCACUUCGGAAGGCCUUGAGCAGAGUACUGGCUCCUACGCUUAUGAUGCCGGCUCCCCUCUCACUGUGACUGGCUCCGAUGACUUCCUGCCUCCUCCACCUCCAGACAUUGCGUACAAUGAUGGACAGUAUGGAGCACCAACCCAGAAGCGUGUCAGCGUGCUCAGCCCCACCCACCCACCUCCUGCUCCCCCUUCUUCCCUGCCCAACUCCCGCCCCAACCUUGCUCCUCCCCCUGCACCUCCUCCCCCUCCUCCACCCUCUUGUUUUGGGGUUCCCCCACCUCCCCCUGGCUUCGACACCCCACCUUCCCCUCCUCCUCUCUCCUCCUCUCCCACCGCCUAUCCCUCCCCACCCGCUCCCCCUCCCCCACCUGCCCUGUCCACUGUUUCUCCUCCUCCUCCACCGCCUAUGCCUGCCAGUGGUGGCCCUCCACCUCCUCCUCCUCCUCCACCUCCCCCUGGCCCUCCUCCCCCAACCUUUAAUAACUCCGGUCCCCCUCCUCCCGCGGGUGGUGGGGUGGCACCCAGCUCUGCCCCGAAACCGCAGCCAGCACCAGCCAGUGACGCUCGCAGUGACCUGCUGCAGGCCAUCCGACAAGGUUUCAACUUGCGGAAGGUGGAGGCACAGCGGGAGCAGGAGAAGCGGGAUCACUUUGGCAACGAUGUGGCCGCCAUCCUGUCCCGACGUAUUGCCGUGGAGUGCAGCGACAGUGAGGAUGACUCUUCAGAGUUUGACGAUGACGAGUGGUCCGAAUGAUCGUCAUCCCCUUUCACCUUCACUCCCACCUUCGUGUCUCUCUUCAGCCUUAAACAACAUCAGAAUAUCUACGUUCAGAUUACAUUUUUAACUACCAGUGGAGCAGCGUGCCAUGUUCUGUCUUUGUGUGGGAGUAAGACAGAGUUUGAGAGCAUGCGUGCACAUAAUAUGUACAUGUGACCUAUUACUAAUCACAUUCCUUGGCUCAUUUAUUUCAAUUUAUCCAAAAUGAUUCCGAUCAGAGGUGCAAAAUCUGAAGAUGAGACUGAGUCUGCCUGGUUGUGUCCCGAACAGGGCUUUAAUUGGAUGACCCGCUGCUGUUAUUGAUGUGAGAGUGUUGUGUGACGAGAUGCACGUCUCCCUGCUCAGUCUGUGCGUAAACACAUCACCUCUGUCCUUAUCUUAGUGUCUGUUAGAAUCAGGUGCUCUUUGCUGCAGGCCAAGUGCCUGAUUUUAUCUGCUUUAGUAAAUCAUGGCAAAGGAUAAUAGAGAGGGAGUACACACACACAUAUGCAGGCAACCUCUUCUAUACACAGUAUUUGUACAAACUCAGUGGAAAGACAAAAGGUGUUGACGUCAAAAACAUUCUCCCUCAUUCAUAGAUUAUAUGAUAUAGGUGUAAAGUUUAUAUUACAUAUCGAGUCAUAUCUACUAAAGACAAUUCAUGCAAUCCCUUUAAAUCCCUUUUUAAAGCACAGUUUUUAUCACUUUUUCUUCCCUCCCUUUUAUAUUGAGUCUUUUCUUUUUUUCUGUGGUUGUCAUGGGAACAAUUGACUUGUGGAUGAGACAGGGUUGUAGCUUAUAAACAAAUUCAUGAAUGAAUUAUUCAGCGUGAUAGAGGAAGUAUUGGCUCAUGUCAGACACCAGGGAUGUUUGAUGAGAUCACCAUACAGAACAUAUGCAGACAUUUAACACAAAUACCAUGAUUCAUUUUAUACUGUUAUGUAUUUCUUCCUGCAAUUUUUGUUUUGAACUUUUCUGGGGUUAAACUAGGCUAUGAUGCUUUAAUCACUUUGCUCUGUGUAGAAUCAGGCAUCCCUAUUCUUUAUCCUGCUGCCUGGUAUAUGUCUUUUUUUUUUUUUUUUUUUUUUAAUAAUGCAUUUCAUUGUUGGUGCAGGUUUAUUUUUUUUCAUCCACACUGGUCACUGAUCAGCUUCUUCCAAAAAACAAUUUAACAGCUGCCACUGAUGAGUCAAAUGUAGAACUGACAGAUGUUUAGUUUGGACCACAUACUUUUCAAGUGCCUUUAUUUUAAGUCUGGCUGUGUUAAAGCACAAUCACACAGCAUGCUUAGCCGAAGUUCUGCUUCUCCUGCCUUAAAUUUCCAAAUGAUUAUAGUUAUUUCAAUAAAGAUAGAGUGAAUUACA